CUAGCUUUUCGUUCAAUUUCCUUCAUUUCCCUCUCCCUUGUUCUUCCCUCUCUAAAUCACCAGCCAAAAAGUUCAGGAACUGAGAGAGGGAAGAACGUACAAAUUUUUUUAAAAAAACUGAUUAUAUAAUUUUUUAUAUAUCAAACUAAGCAGUUAAAGAGAAGAGGGAAAGGAGAAAAUCUCAACACAGAAAAUGUCGGUGUCUAAACUUUUCUAUGGAGCUCUUACAAUCGUAUGGAUAGUUUUCUCCAUCUUUUUUCCAAUGGCACAGGCUCAGUCCGCAGCUCCUGCUCCAGCUCCCUCAAGCGAUGGAACAACAAUAGACCAAGGCAUAGCAUAUGUCCUUAUGUUGGUGGCUUUGGUCCUCACUUAUUACAUCCACUAAUUCUUUUGUCAUUUUAAUUUUGGUCUCUAUUUAGUUUAAUUAUAUUUUUUCAUUUUGAUUAUAAUUAAAUAGAGACCAAAAAAGUUUAUGUGGUAGAGAAAUUAACGAGGUUUUCUAAUAUUUGGAGUGAUAAGAUUUUGAAGUUCAUUUGUAUUGUAAUGUCGAUGUGCGUCAACUGUUGGAAAUAUAUUUCAUCGAUUUACAUCGUUC